AUGAGUUCAACAGUGGAAAGAAAUGAAAAAGGGGAGAUUGUUCGAACAACAUCAGCAAUAGUAUCUAUUAAACAUAGCCCAAGUGAUUUGUAUUCAUGUGAAGAUUAUGGGUAUGAAAGUAAUGUAGAAGAGGUUGAAGAAGAUGUUGAAGAAGAAAGUUUUACUGAUGAAAUUUCAGAUACAGAAGAAGAAGGUGAUGAUGAAGAUGAGUUAAUUGAAAGAAACAAAGAAUUGAUUCAAAUGGUUGAAGAACUCAUGAAACGAACACGCGAAGUUCAGUCUAUGUAUUAUAAAGAAAAAGAACGGAAAGAAGUUGUAUUAAAAGAACUUGAAAAAGAGAAACGGGCUGGAGAAAUAUUGAGAACAAAGAUUGAAGAAUUUGAUGACUUAAUUCAAACAACAAAAGCAGUUGCAUCAGAGAAUGAAAAGUUAUUAGUAGAAUUAGACUUGGAAAAGAAACAACAUUCAGAAACAUUAAAAAGACUUGCUGAAUUAGAAGAUGGAAGUGAAAGAAAAAAUGUUGAUGGGAGAUUUUUUUGCGUUAUGGAGUUGACUGUUAUGAAUGGAGAAGUUGUUCAAAGCAAAUUAUUAAGAGAUCUUGACCAAGAGUAUGCACGAUUAAGAAGCGAAAACCAACAUAUGUUAGAAGAAGUAUGUAAAAUAAAGUUAUCUCUUGAAGGAAAAAAAAAUAUUGAAAAAGAGUUUGAAGAGGCUAAGAAAAGAAUUGAAGAAUUAGAACAAGUCGUUAAAGAAAUUAAUUUAAGAAAUCAAACAAUUAAUAUUAAUGAAGACAAUAAAGUUACUCGUAAAUCAAUUCUUAAAUUAAAGAAAAUGAUGUCUUCCGUAAUGGAAAAUACUGCCCCUCUUAUUAAUAUUGAUACUGUACAACUUACUAAACAAUCUGAACGUCAUUUAAGAAAUACCAUAAAUGGAAGACAUUCAAUAAUGUGUCAACCAAUGAGCCAAAUGAUUAAAACAGGGUUAGACCAUAGUUCUAUGAGAAAAUCAGAAGCAAGUAGAUUUUUAGGUACUCAAAAGAAAAACCAAGAAAAAAGUACUACGUUGGUGGAACAAGAAGGUAUUGAAAACUUUACAUUAAAUCAAAAUAAACUUCCACUAAUUAAAUUAGAUAUUGAUGAUGAUGAUAAGAAAAAAGAAGAACAAAAUAAUAUUAAUGAAUGUAAUCAAAAGUCUCAACUAAAUGAAGAGUUUAAUCAAGUUACAACAAAUCAACUUCAGAAUGAACCUGAAAAAGAAAUUCGAAAAGAAAGAAUAUUUGGAUGUGGUAAAAUUACUACAAUAGUUGUCUUUCUUAUUAUGGCUUGUUUUAUUUCAUUAAUUUUAUCAGUUGAUUGA